UACGGUACGUUUUCCCUGUUUUCUUGUGUUCCCGCGCGUCCUUGGUGGCAAGUUCGCGACGAUGCUUCUUUCAUCUCGGAAGAGGCAGAACCCAUCACCCAGAUCCUCUUCUUGCUUGUCCUCCAUUUUAAAUUCGUCAUCGCGAGACUCGUCGCUCCGGCGAAGUUAAUUGAGAUAACUGAGAGAAUGGUGACGCUACGCCCAAGAAAAGCCAAAGAGGAGGCAGCUGCCCCCGCCGCCAAGAAGGGAUCAACGGUGAAGCACAACAAAAAGAAGGCACCUGCAAAACCCAAACCUCAGCCAUCAGCAACAGAAGCAGGAGAUGAUUCCAGUUUACAAGAAUUUUUGACGACCAAGGUACCCGAUGAAUCCAAACACGAAGACAUUACUUGGCUCUACCACGCCAUCCAAACUCGUGCACCCGAUUGUCCACCCGAACUACAAGGUACAGCGACACUGGCAUUUGGAGGAUUCGAUUACGAAACCAAAUCCAAAUGUUCCGGUCGAUGGUCUCGGAUGAGCAUCAUGGUCAACAAGACGGGUCUCACGUUCAUGGUAUCGGGAAUGAAGGACGGAAAAUAUCUCUUGGAACACUUUGACAAGAAACAAAUUGGAAGAAAGGUAUCGUUGGGGAAAUCCUGCAUCCGAUUUGCCUCAUUGGAAACAGUCCAUCGAAGCGUAUUGGAAGAAAUCAUUCAGGCCGCUGCCGAGGCGACUAUUUCGCCAGUGGCAACAUCGUCGUCGUCGUAAUGGGGGGAGCCAGCAAAAAUCGACAAUCUUCAAAAGAUGAAUCAGGAUUGGCGGAGAAAGCGUUGUCAGGAUACUCGAUUGACUGGUAGAUACAACGGCAAACGGAAGAUCUCGUCGAGUCAUUAAAUAUAUUCCUGGUCACCGGAAACAACACGUCCACAUCCUUUUGGAAUUGAUACUAAUUAACGUCCUUAUUACACAACAACACAUGCCUCCUCGUCCCAACUGUCGAAAGCAUUGCCGCUACUGCGAGCCUCACAGACAAUGCACCCCGCUUCCCGGGAAUCUUUCUGCACAAAGGGUGUAGUAUCGAAUGCAGUACAGCUUGUAUUUUGAAACAUCAGUCAAAUCUGUCUUCAAGGUUGAAGGCAGAUGCUUCAUUUGAACAUGUUGCAACAGAGCGACUUGAAGAGUGAGGCGUUCUGGCUAGCAUAGCACAAUGCUCCUAUUUACAGCUAGCGGGGUCUUUGCAACGGCCCCAAAGGACAUGGCCUGCAUGGCAAGCACUUGGCUAGCUGACAUUCCAAUUGGAGAUGCCUUGGUUGAAAAGUAGGCAAGAUGGAACUAUGCUGUCAUUCCAGCAAGAGAGUUGUUGGUUGUAGGCAGUUGACCGCUGCCAUGUGGUGCUGUGCAUAGUAAGCUUGUGUAGAGCCUGAGAAAAUGAAUACUGUGACCUAAACCUAAAAGGAAAUGAAAAGAGUAGCAUUGGUUGCUCUUCUUUUGUGUUUCUGAUCUGUUUGUUUUCUUUCUGUUAUUUUGUUUCUACCUGUGUUUGGAGUUCUGUGACUUCUUUUUUUUUUUUUU